UACACCACCCACCGCACCCUCACCGAUCUCGAACACAAAUACCCCGCCAUCCCCCCAUCGCAAGGCAGCACCGCGGCCCUGACCACCCCCACCAACCCCUCGACCCAACGCUGCGCCGAAAUCGACAUCUACCAGGCCCGCGUCCCGGUCCGGGCACUGUUGCGCGCGGAGGCGGCCAUCACUGCCUCCGCCGCCAUCACAGAGAAUCCCGCAGCCGACAACACCACACCCCCAAACGUAUCGCCAGCAACCCUCCAAAAAGCCUGGGCCCACCUCUUCCUCACCAGCCCGAUCCUCCAGACCGAAGCGAAGCUCAUCGGCCUGUGUACGCAGGGGACGUUCCACCCGGGGGAUGUCGGGCUCUCGGCCGGGGGGUUUGGGCCGGUGGCGGCGGACGGCGACAAUCAAAACAACACCGGGCACAAACGCCAACUCAUCAACGGCGGCUUCACCGUCGAGCGGACCCCCGAACACCCCGGGGGUCUGCUGGCCAGUUGGCAGGUGCCGGACGGGGCGCGGAGGUUCUUUGAGUCCCUCGCUCACUGGGGGUAUCCGUGUCGGUUGAUGAGUGGGGGGCGGCAUGAGUGGGGGGUUUCGGAGGUUUAUUUUGUCAAUUCGAAGGGGAAUGGGGAAGGGCAAGGGCAAGGGGAAUGGGUGGUGGAUGUGCGGUUCGGGUCGGCGCACGACUAUGAGAUUGUGGCGGCGGAGGGCGAGCGACAGAAGGUCGUGCCGCGGUGGGUGGGCCGGUUGCAUCGGGGGUAUGCG